GUUCGCGCCAGCUAGCUGCCGGGCUUAGCGUGCGUGCGUCGGCGUGAUCGUCUGAGCGGUCCAAGUGCGGUGAGGAAUGCAAUCACACGCAUGUCCUUGCAAGACCCUGGGAUCAAGCUAGCGCAGUUGAGCAGAGCUGACGAGCCAGGGGACAGCGACGUUUCCGAGGAUGCUUGGCUGCUCGACGACGAGAUUGCGACGGGCAAGGGCGUCAGCACAAAGGGAAGCGCUCCAACAGACCGUCACGGACCGGAUGGACUGUCGAUCGUGCCAACGGUUGAUGAUCCUGCCUUGCCACAUCUGACUUUACGGGUCCUGCUUAUCGGUACAUUGUUCUGCAUCGUCGGUGCAGCUAUCUCUCAGCUAUUCUACUUCAAGAGCAAUGCACCAAAGUUCUCCGUCUUCCUCAUCAUCCUCGUGACCCUGCCUCUCGGCAAAUGGUGCGCAGCUCUUCUGCCAAACGUCGAACCCAUCCAAGGUUGGCCACUCAAUCCUGGGCCAUUCUCAGUCAAAGAACAUGUCCUCAUCACCGUGUUGGCCGGAUCAGGUGCAACCUCUGCUUACGCUGGCGACAUUCUGGCUGUCCAAGACUUGUAUUAUCAUCAGAACCUUGGCGCCAUCGCUGGCAUCGGACUCCUUGUCACAACUCAGGUCUUGGGCUUUGCGCUCGCAGGCAGCGUCUAUAGGCUGCUAGUCAGACCCACCAAGCUUGUCUGGCCGUCUACACUUGUCCUCGUCUCGCUCUUCCUCACGCUCCAUGCGGACGAGACCACAAAGACGUUGACUCAAGUCCGCCUUCGCUUCUUCUCGAUCGCGUUCGUCGGCUGCUUCCUCUGGCAAUUUGUCCCCGCUGUGCUCUCUCCCACCUUGACUUCUCUUGCUGUUCUGUGCAUCGCUCUGCCGCGGUCAGAGGUCGUCGAGACGUUCGGAAGCGGAUAUCGAGGCUUCGGACUCGGUACACUCAGUCUUGACUGGUCAGUCGUGGGCGCUUUCGGCGGACUGUUUACGCCCUGGUUCGCCUCUGUCAACUUCUUCGCUGGCCUCGUCUUCAUGUGCUGGGUCUUUGGGCCUGGCAUGUGGCUGACAGAUUUCUGGAAUGCCUCCAAAUUCAGCUCGCCAAUCGGAUCAGGCCUGUAUGAUACGUCGUUCAGUCGCUACAACGUCACUGCGAUCAUCAAUGCCACUGAUCUUUCGCUCGACGUCGCUGCCUACGAGAAACAAGGAGCAAUCCUGCUCACGCCCUUCUUUGCCAUGACAUAUGCGGCUUCUUUUGCUAUCCUGACCGCUGCUGUUACCAGCGUCAUUUGCUGGAAUCUCGACCUCAUCAAGGAUGCCGUGUCGUCUUCACCGUCGGAUGACAUUCACGUGCAGCUGCUCGAGCAGAACUAUCCGCCCGUGCCGCACGCGUGGUACAUCUCUACCGGUGUCAUCACACUGGCGGCAAGCUGCGGCCUUGUGCUCCUUUAUCCGAUGCAGUUGCCGGUCUGGGCAUUGGUGUUUGCUGUCGCCAUCGCAGCUGUCUUUCUCGUGCCACUCGGGAUCGUUGCAGGCAUCACGAACACGACGAUCGGUCUCAACGUUAUCUCGGAGCUCGUUGCUGGCUUUGUCAUACCAGGCCUGCCCAUUGGAGUGAUCACCUUCAAGGUAUACACCUACAUGGUCUACAGUCAAUGCUUAGCAUUGGUCGGCGACCUCAAGUUUGGACUGUACAUGAAGAUUCCGCCCAGGUCUCUUUUCAUCGCUCAGCUGCUCGGCACGACACUCGGAGCAAUCGUGAACUACGUCUUCAUCCGAAUCGUCCUGGAUUCGAAGCGUCAGUAUCUAGACGGAAGCGUCGUCGAUCCUCAGGGACAAUGGGAUGGAAGAGCGCCGCAAGUCUUCUAUUCUGCUUCUGUCAUUUGGGGUUUGCUUGGACCUGCGCGUUUCUUUUCGGGUGACUAUGCUCUACUUUACUGGGGCUUCCUCGGCGGCGCGAUUAUGGGGAUCCUGCCAUGGCUGCUCAAUCGGAUCUGGCCUCGGAAUUACUGGCAGUACGUGUCCGCGCCAGUUUUUCUGCACGGCUGCGUCGUCGUGCCUGCCGUGCCGACUAAUACGAUCACCGUCGGCUUCGCAGCUGCGUUUCUCUCGCAAUUUUGGGCAGCUCGUUAUCACCGCGAAUGGCACGAAAAGUUCAACUACGUACUCUCUGCAGCGCUCGACGCCGCAACAAGCAUCAAUGCAAUGUCAGUCUUUUUGCUAGGCCUAUCGUUUUACGCCUGGUGGGGCAAUCCGCCGUCGGACUCUGAACAUUGCCAGAUCAAUCAAUAGACAUUCCGUGCAUUUCUGACAAGCUCAUGCGUCCCGUUCGGUCUUCUCUGCCAGCAAUCGGCCGGGCUGAUUCAGGGCAGGAUCGUCGACACUCAAGCCGGCAGCUUCGGCGACGACAGCGCGGUCACCAUGUAGAUCUUUGUCCAAGUCUUUGCCAAAGACGUUCUUCACGAGCUUGUUGAGCGUCUCUGACUUGCCAAAGUUUCCGCCGGCGUUGUUCAGUGAGACAUCACCGCCAAGCUUCGACUUUCCGGCCAAAUUCGUGCCGGGCACAUCCUCGAUGCUGUUAACCUGGUCUGAAGUGAUGUCUGACAUUGCGCUCU